AUGGUCGAGACCAAGAAAGAAUUCGCUGAACGCGAGGAGCGCCGUCGCGCGAUCGCAGCCCUGAAGCGGGAGUCCGCGAUUGAGGGUAUAAAGGCGGUGCAUGCCAUGAUACCACGCGCGAAUUCCGAGCCGGACUUCGUACCCGAAUUUAUUUUAAAUGUUGACGGGUUAGAUGCGGGGUGGUCUCAGUAUGAAGCGGAAGAUAACACGGUAUUAGAAUGCCUUGUUAACUUAGGUAAGGCCAGUGAAUAUACCCCCGGACAAUCGGGUGAAUUACGAAUUUUGAUUAAUUCCGCGAAAGCUGCCGCGAAUUUACUUCGUCCGACUCGCACAGCGCCCACCGCGGGCCAAAACGUCGGUAACUCAUCGUCCGUGUUCGACGCGUCGUCCGGUCCAACGUUACCGCGACUUCCGGAAAUCCCCCUACCGAGAUUUGGAGGCGAUUUUCGCUUGUGGCCGACUUUUCGUGAUACAUUCAUUAAGCAAGUCGAUAGCCGCCAAUACCUGUCGAACGUAGAUAAGUUAUAUUAUUUGACUGGGUGUUUGCAUGGUGCAGCCUUGGAUGCGAUUCGCAGUAUACCCGCGUCCGAUGAUAACUAUCAGUUGAUAUGGUCAACUUUGUCCGCGCGUUUCUACCGCCCGCGUAUGGUCGCGACUUCGCUAUUAGAAAAAGUGUUAAACGCGCCGUCGUCGUCGCAGGAGUCAUUGCACGACUUAACCGUUUUUUUAUCUACAUUUGACGAAAACAUUUCGUUAUUAUCCGCGAUGGACAUUCCCGACCUCGGGUCGUUCAUCCUGUUUACGUCGGCUUUCCGUGCGUUACCGCUCGCCACUCGCAAAUUAUUCGAAUCCACCAUGACAAGUGACGACGUUUAUCCAUCAGUCGAUAAACUGCUGAAAUUCGUGCGGGAUCGUAUUACCGUCUUAGAAAAUGUGGGCGAGCCGCGGAAGACUAGUGCCAAGCCGAAGCCACAGCCUGUUACCGGGCCGUACGUUAGUCACCGCGCGGGGAAAAGUAAUCCCGUGGCGCUCGUCGCCGCGAAACCAACGGAGCGUCAUUCACAGACUCCUACCAGCUCAUGUUCAUGCUGUCAGGGUUCACACAGCAUCAGCGCGUGUCCGAAGUUCCGAUCAUGGUCAUUGGACGAUCGGAAUCGAUGGGCCCAUGAAAAUAAAGUUUGUUUUAAUUGCCUCAGCGGUAAUCAUUUUAUCCGCGCCUGUUCGUCCAAGUCGCGAUGUCACCAGUGUUCGAAAAAACAUCACACGUUGUUACAUGGUGUUACUCCCAACCGUCAAGAGGAAGGCGGUGAAAGUGGGGGGGAAACACCGUCGUGUUGCGCGGCCGCGUUGGCACCGCGCCCGAGUGCGAUACCAACGGUUUUGUUAGGCACUGCGUUGAUUCACGCUCGCGACAGGGCCGGUACGUGGCAAACAGUUCGCGCGUUGGUCGACUCCGCGUCCCAGAUAAGUGCCAUGACAGUCGAGUGUUCCACCCGCUUAGGAUUCCGGCCCCGUCCGUGGACCAUGCCAGUCAGUGGCAUAUCCGGUACACCUGUCGUCAGCGUGAAGGGCAUCGUCGAAUGUCACAUCCGGCCGCGUUUUGCGUCCGAACCAUCGCUGACUGUGCAAGCGUGGGUGCUGCCUUCAAUCACUAGUGACAUGCCGCGCACCUCAAUCCCCGUCGACAUUAAGGACCGAUUUUCCACCCUCGCGCUCGCCGAUCCGCAGUUCAACGUCGCGUCACCGGUCGACAUGUUACUCGGGGCCGACGUGUUUUCAGCGAUAUUGGAUGGUCGUCAAAUCAAAAUCGACGAGGCACUGCCCACGGCAUUCAGUUCGAUUUUCGGUUGGGUCCUCAUUGGACCACUGCCAGCGACCGCCACUUGUCAUGUCUUCACCACACCGGUGUCAUUAGCGACAUCCAUCGAGAAUCUAAUGGACAAGUUUUGGUCAGUUGAAGAACCGGACGCUGCACCUCCUUCCUUCACCGACGACGGUUGGUGUGAGAGUCACUUCCGCGCUGAACACACACGUUUACCGUCUGGGCGAUUUCAAGUGCCGCUGCCGACGCGUAAGCCGGUAUCCGAGUUGUCAUUCCCGGGUUCGCGUUCCGUCGCGCUAAAACGUUUUGAGUCGCUCGAACGUAAGUUGAUGUCUAACCCGACUCUGCGCGUGGCAUAUUGUGCCUUUAUGUCUGAAUACUUGUCGCUCGGCCAUAUGUCCGUGGCAGCGACACCGGGGCGAUAUGUCAUCCCCCACCAUGCCGUAUGUAACCAGUCCAACGGAGACUUAAAAAUCCGCGUUGUGUUCGACGCUUCGGCAGUGUCCCAUGACGGGACGUCACUAAACGGCUGUCUAAUGCAAGGUCCGAAGUUACAGCAAGACAUCGUCGACAUUCUAACCAGGUUCCGGGUGAACAAGUACGCGUUCACCACUGACAUCUGCAAAAUGUACCGGCAGGUGAUGGUGGCGCCCGAGUACCGGCCGCUGCAACACAUCCUAUGGCGUGCGUCACCUCACGACCAGCUUGUCGAAUACGAAUUAAACACCGUGACGUAUGGCCUGAACUGCGCUCCGUUCUUGGCACUCCGCGUGCUGGCUGCGAUCGCCGAGGUGGAUUGCGUCGGUCAUGAGGGAGUACGGCAGGCGUUGCUGCACCAAACCUAUGUCGACGACAUAUGUACGGGGGGCGACACAAUCGACGAUGUUUGUACGCUCCAAAGGGAGAUGAUCGCGGUGCUCGGCAACUCCGGUCUGGAAUUGAAGAAGUGGUCGAGUAACUGUCCCGCGAUCCUCAACGGUGUACCCGCGUCCGACUGUGUGACCGGUCCUUUAUCGUUCGAUGCUGUGGAUGGGAUCGGGGUCAAGGUUCUCGGCUUGCAAUGGCAGCCGACAGAUGACGUUUUUAGGUGUGCCCUCCGGUGCGAUGCGCCACCCGUAUUCACCAAACGCGGCGUCUUAUCAUUAAUCGCGCGUAUUUUCGAUCCGUUGGGCAUAUUCGCGCCGGCCACUUUCUACGCGAAGCACAUAAUGCAACGGACGUGGUCAUGCAACCUUGGCUGGGAUGACCCUCUUCCGAAGGAUCUCCAUCAAGAAUGGUCCACUUUCGUUGAAUCGUUGGCCUGCCUCCUUCAGAUUAACAUUCCGCGACACUUCAACACGCAGUCCGCCGACCGUUGUUUAUUGUUGGGAUUUUGUGAUGCGUCACAGCAUGGUUGCGCAGCUGUCGUAUACCUCCGCGUGUUGGACGACCGGGAGGACGUUUCGAUUUCGUUGGUCGGCGCAAAAACCAAGCUAGCGCCGAUAAAAUCAUUGACCAUCCCGCGGCUCGAGUUGAACGCCGCUGAGUUGUUGGCGCGUUGGUUAUACCGCGUCAAGUGUAUUCUCGACCGUCAGGUCAACAUCGUCGGUGUACAUGCUUGGACGGACUCAACGAUUGUCCUGUCCUGGUUGGUCAAUCGCCACGAAUCGUUUAAAAUAUACGUGUCAAAUCGGGUACACAGAAUUAACACGCUACUACCGAGUUGCGUGUGGGCACACAUUCCGUCCACGGACAACCCCGCCGAUUGUGCUUCGCGCGGUGUGUUACCGUCCGAGCUUCCAGCGUUAAAGCUUUAUUGGCAGGGCCCUGAGUUUCUACGUCGUUGUCCGUCAUCGUGGCCGGUCGGGGCCACCAUGCUGCCGCUGAGCGAUUUGCCCGAAGUGCGGGUUUUGUCAGUGACUGUCGACGAUCAACCUCCCGUUGUUGAAUGGUUCGACGAGUUUUCGUCUUAUGACAAAUUGAUUCGCGUUGUCGCCCGUGUGUAUCGAUUUAUAGAUCGUUGCCGCCGCCGCGCAUUGGUUACGCGACGGGCGGUCCUCACCCGUUAUGAACUCGACGCGGCACUUGAUGCGCUGGUGAUCGAGUCACAGCGUAAGUUUUUUGUACAAUUACGGCACGAGUUAUCUCACCGUCUCCGUGUGUCGUCCAAACCACUCGGCCGUUUAUGCCCGUUUAUUGAUCCUUCCGGCGUCAUUCGAGUGGGUGGGCGAUUGCGUCACUCGAUGCUGCCAUAUGACCGUCAGCACCCGAUUCUAUUAGCAAAACAUUCACGCUUGGCCUUGUUGGUGUGUCGUCAUUGGCAUCGCAUCAGCUGUCAUGCCGGACCUCGAGUCGUGACCGCCAUUGUGUCCCAGCAAUUUUGGAUCAUGUCUGUGAGAUCAGUGCUACAUCAAGUCAGCAGUGAGUGUACCAGCUGCGUCCGAUUUGACCAUCAACCACCUCAACCGUUGAUGGCUGAUCUGCCACCAGGCCGUGUCCAACAGUGCCGGCCGUUCGCUCGAGUGGGUAUUGAUUUCGCAGGUCCAUUGCAGCUACAAGAGACCCGCCUUCGCAAAUCACGGUCGUAUAAAGUGUAUAUAGCUGUUUUUGUGUGCUUCGCGGUGAAGGCGUGUCACCUCGAGGUUGUGACCGAGUUAUCUACGGCCGCGUUCCUUGCUGCAUUCGACCGAUUUGUUGCUCGGCGUGGUCUGCCAUCCGACAUUUUCAGCGACUGCGGGACCAAUUUCGUGGGUGCCGAUCGACAAUUGCAUACGCUGAUCAAUAGCCCGGAGGGACAAUCCGCGCUAGGCGACUCUCGUCCGCAUUGUUCCUGGCAUUUCAACCCGCCCAGUGCGCCACAUUUCGGCGGAUUGUGGGAGGCUGCGGUCCGGUCGACAAAAAGGUUAUUGAUUCGCGUCAUGGGUCGUCAUCACUUCACUUACGAAGAAUUCACGACGGUGCUGUGUCGAGUGGAGGCCGUGCUCAACUCCAGGCCACUCACACCGUUGUCAUCCGAUCCAGCCGACUUGGACUACCUAUCGCCGGGACACUUUCUUAUCGGCCAACCACUACUUGCCGUGCCGCCUCGGACAUCGACAGAGGACAAGUCUAGUCUGGUGAACCGGUGGAAGUUGUUGGACCAAUGUCACCAGGCGUUUUGGCGACAAUGGUCCACCGAGUACUUGACCACACUGCAGGCACGCACAAAGUGGUCGAGCGGGUCCCCCAAUAUCCGUCUAAACGAUGUCGUCGUCAUCCGGGACAACCAGUCUCCCCCAUUGUCGUGGCGAAUGGGACGGGUGAUCGCACUGUUGCCGGGAGCCGACGGUGUAGUACGCGUGGUCCGUUUGCGAACCGCCCACGGCGAAGUGACUCGCCCUGUAGUGAAGUUGGUCGUCCUGCCCACCGAAGGGACCUGCCCAGGUACCCCCUGUUAG